AUGGACUACGAGGAUCUGCUCAAGGAGCAGGAGAAGUUCCUGCAAUCGGGCAAGGCACCGGCUGCCCGUGUGAGCCGGGCCCCGUUGCCGGUGGUUUCAAGCUUCCAGCCGGCGGUGGCCGGGACUCCUGCAACCGUCGCUCCUGCCACGGUCACCAUCCGCAAGGAUGUCCCGAGUGCCAGCUUCUUGGACACCAUGUCCGACCUGAGCUCAGCCCUGAUUUCGGACCCCGCUCCGACAACACCAGGCCCGGUCUCCUCGCCGGCGGCGCCGAGUCCGGCCUCUGCCCCGGUGACCUCGGCCCUUGCUCCGGCAGAUGGCGCACCGGCGAAUGCCCCUGCCGCCCAGGCUGAGCCCACCCGACGCAAGCCGUCGCUCUUUCAGCAGAGGCGCGCGGAGUCAGCCCAGCGGCCGGCCAUGCCGCAGUUCGUCCCGCCGGCCGGCCAGACCAGCGGCCCCACCAAGCCCUCCGGGGCUGGCCCCUCCUUCGACGUGAAGGGCCGAACUCCCAUGAUGGUUGGGCAAAUCCGAGAGCGCUGGCCGGGUGGGCCGACUGCCGGGCCAGCGGCUCCCGGGCCGAAGUUUGCCCCCCCGGCGGCUCCAUCCGGCGCGGCAUUCCCCCGCGCCCUGCAUCGGAGCGAGCUGAACCUGUCGCGCCGGGCACGCGCCCCGGGCCCCAAGUCGCCUGCUCGGCCGGGCGGCGACACCGCCCCCGGUGGCCAGGCGGAUCUCUCGCACUCGGUUCAGCGUGCGGCCCCGGGCGAGUGGGAGUUUGAUGAGCUGCAGAAGAUCAAUCGAGAGAAUGUUGACGUGCUGGCCGGCAUGAGCGAGGAGGAAAUCCUCCAAGCCCAGCAGGCCCUGCGUCAAUCGCUCUCGCCUUCCUUCUUGGCAUUUUUGGAAAACCAACACCAGGCGUCUCAGGAGGUGGCCACGGCCCCGGGCCAGGUCGCUGCCAAUGCCGAUGGCGGUCCAUCAGCCGCUGUGUUGGGUGCUGCUCCCGCGGCCAUGCGCCGGACCCGAGAUGCCUUCAGCCGGUCGGCCGAUGCCAGGGCCGCAGGCCCGACGGCCCGGUCCCCAAGCCCGACGGCCCGGUCCCCAAGCCCGAGCGCCAGUCCCUCGACCACCGUGACCACGGUGGAUCCCCUGCGCGAACGCCUGGCCGGGGUGCUGGACGAGCUGAUCCCCGAUCGGCGGACUUUCUUCUCCGACGACAUGAUCGAGGUGGACAAGCUGGCGUGGCUGCUACCGCGCGAUGUCGGCCCGGAUGCGGAGGCGGCGCGCGAGCGGGCGUCCGCCGAGGACGAGCUGGCCGCCGAGCUGGGGCCCUUCCUGGCGUCCGAGCUGGUGGCCAAGCGAGUCCGCUUCGACUUCGAGGGGCUGAUCCAGCCGGCCGCCGGGGCGUCGGCCGCGCCGGACCGAUCGCUCUUCCAUCAUGCUGACCCAACCGGCGCGGCUGGCUACACCCUCGACGAGCUGGUUUUGCUGCUGCAAAGCCGGCACUCGGCGCAGAGGGUCCUGUCGCUGGGCGCCCUGCGGCGGGUGAUCCAGCGACUGAAGGCCGGCCGGGACCUGGGCCCGGGGCUGGCGGCGCCGUCGGGCCCCGGGGCGGCCCUGGGCCAGUACUUCGCCCUGCAGGCCAGCCUCUUCGGCUGGUUGCUGAAUGAGACGCGCUUUGUGGACCUCCUGGUGGGGGCCCUGGCCGAUCGGAAUGUGUCGGUUCAGGCGGCGGCGGCCCGGUGCCUCGGGGCGCUGGUGGCCUGCCCGGCCGAGGGGCGCCUGUUGCAGGUGGCUGCGCUGGCGGAUCCGCUGCCGGCCGGGGCGCUCUUCUUCCUGAGUCCCCGGCCGGCGCCCGGGUCCCAGGGGGAGGAUGUGCCGGAGGCUGGCGAGCCGGCGGCCGAUGCCCAGGCCCGGCGCGAGUCGGCCGCUCGUGGAGACCUGGUGGUCGCCCUGAUGCAGGCCGGCCUGGCCGAGGCAUUGGGGUACUGCCUGGCCGGGGCCGGGCGGGCGGCCCUGCUGACCGCGCCGGCUGCCCUGGCCGAUCUCCUUCGGGCAACGGCGCGCGUGGCCCGGCAUGAUGCCGAAGCCACGGCCGCCCUCCUGGGCUCGGGCUCGGGGCUGAUUGCCGGGCUGGUGGGCUUGCUUCGGUCGGCUCGGACGGCCAUCUCCAGCCCGGAGGGUUUCCUGUCGGUAGCCACCGAGGCGCUGGGUUUGCUGGAGUGCCUGCUGUCCACCGACCGGGACUUGGCCCAGACGGCCGUCGAGGCCGGUCUAUUGGAGGCCCUGCCGCAGCUGCUGCUGUACCGGCUCCGAGGCCCGGGGUCGGCCCCGUUGGCGGCCGCCCUGGUGGCACAUGCCCCGGAGGAGGCUUUACGCAUGGGGCUCGCACACCUGGACCUGCUGGAUCUGCACACCCGGGCCCUGGCCGUGUGGGGGGUGCUCCUGUGCUUUGGAUUUGGGUAUGACCUGCUGCCGGCGGUGCAGCCACUGGCGCAGGAGGCUCUGGCUGGCCAGGCCGGCUUGGACCUGCUGGCCGGCGCGGUGGCCUGGCCGGGCCCGGAGGGCCAGGCGGCUGCAUCGGCCGCGGAUGGCCCUGGCCCGCGCUUGCUCGCGCGUCUGGCCCAGCAUGAGGAUGCUCGGGUGAUGGCUCUGCUCCGGUGCCUGAGCUCGCUGGUGGCGCUGAUCCCGCUGCGUAGUGCCGAGCUCCGGGCCGGUGGUGGCUCGGACCCUGAUGCCGGGGAUGACAAUCCCGCCCUCAUCGAUGGGCGCACUUGGUCGCUGGUGAUGGUGCACUUUGCCGCGUGCAAUGCCUGGCUCGAGCGUUGCACGGCCUGGUUGCGGGAGCGCGCGGAUGCCGGGGCCCCGGCUCCGGCCACCACCGACCUCGGCACCCUUGGCCUGGAUGAUGCGCUUGACGUGGCCGCGUCGACCGGCCCGAUGGCGGGAUGCAGCUCGCCGACCGCCCAGCCGCCCGGGGCCCCGCUGUAUGAGGAUGCCUGGCCGCUGUGGCGUGCGGCUCGAGCGGUGGGCUUCCUGGCCGCCUGUGUGGAGGUGACUCACCGGCAUCCGUUCUUCGAUUCGGACUUCGUGCGCGUCGACCUGGCCAGCAUCUUCGAGUCGGUGGCCGGGACCGGGCGCCAGGCAUUGCGCUUUGCGGUGUCCUGCGCGGCCGGGGCCCCGGCCGGCGAGGAUCUGGUGCGGGCCUCUGCCGGGCCGCUGCUGGCCCCAUCCACCGGUCUGGCCGACGAUCAGCCGGCCCUGCCGGCAUUGGCGCUCGGGUUUGCCCCGCUGGCCGGGCUGUACCGGGCGGAUGGGCUGGCUGUGGGCUGGCAUGUUUUGGGCCAGGCAGCCAUGCUGGGCCUGCUGGCCGGGGUGCUUCACUGUCUCGGGGCCCUGGGUCGGGCGCUGCCCUCCCUGGCCGGGGAUCUGGCCGGGCUGGUGGCCUCGCCGCUGGCCCAGCGAGGCAUCUGGUGGUCCCUCUGUCGGGCGGCCGAUGUGGCCGGGGCUGGGGCCUACCUUCCGGCCGGGGGCCCGGUUCGCGGGGACCGCUUGCGGCAAGUGGCUCGUCUGCGUGGCGGUCGCCUGGUGCAGCGCCUGGACCAUGGGGCCGCGCAUGCGGUUGCCGCCUGGUUCCGGGCUCUGAGUGCGGCCGGGUGCUGGCAGGCACUGCCUGGGGUGGCCCGGCGUCUGGUGGCGGCGGCGGCUCUGGCCGGCGUGUCGCUGUCGGCCCCGGGCGAUGAGGGGGCCGUCGAUGUGGCGCUGCAUGUGCUUGCCGGCGGGGGCCUGCCCACGGGCCUGGGCCAGUCGCCGUACACCGGGGACGAGGGCCAGGAGGAGGGGGUGGCACGCGCGGCGCGCGAGGGCUCCGGCCUCGGCACCCAAUCGGAGCUCCUGCCGGCGCUCUUUGCGGCGGACGGCUCGGCGCCGGUUCCUCCGCGGCAGGUGGUCACCCUGUUGGGGACCCUGCCGCAACGGGUGCUGCCCUUCUGGCGGCAUGAUCUCCUGGCGCCGGGGCUGCUCCAGUGGGCCGGGGCCCUGCGCGGGGGCAUCCUGCCGGCGGCCAGUGGCCCCCAGUCGGCCGAUGACCCGCAUGCGGCCACCGGUCCCCGGGGAUUGGUGCUGAUGCUGACGGACUCGCACCUGCCGCCGGGGUCGGCGCGGGCUUCUGCCGCCGGCGGCCGUGGGUCGUCCACCGCCGGGAGUCCCUUCUGGCUGUUGCCGGGGGCGGCGAUGCGCCACGCCCCGGCCGAGGCCCUGGCCGCGGUCUUCACCCUGGCUCAAAAGGGGGCCGUGGCGCACCUGGCCCGCGGGCGAUCGGGUCUGCUGGACCGUGGUGCCCUGCUGGCGGCUCUGCUGGUGGCCACGACGGCCGGCACGACGGCCAGCGGCGACCCGGAUGCGCGGGCCUCGCUGGGCUUCGUGGACCGGCUGCUUGGUUGGGCCCUGUGCCCGGGGGCUUGGCCCGCCGGGGCCGCCCUGCCCGGGCGACUGCGGACGCACCAGGGAGCCGCCCUCGGUGAUGCCCUGCUGGAGGCCUUCCUGGCGGAUUCCUUCGGUGCCGGGGUGGCUGGCCGGUUGCUGGCCCUGGCGGCGCUGCAUCGUGGCGCGCCGGCUGCGCUGGAGGUGCGCUUCUGGCGCGAUCUCCGGGACUUGGUCGGCGCGCUGGGGGCAGCCACCAGCCCGGUCGAGGAGGCGGUCCCCCUGCCGGCCGGCUGGGCGGGCUACGCGCCGCAUGCCGACCAGGCCGAGGCCGAGGGUGCCUUCGGCCGGGCCACCGCCACCCCGGAGGCCGAUACCUCGCGUCGCUUGCACCUGGAGGUGUGCCGGCUGGUGCUGGCGGCCCUGUGUAGUCGGGACCCCCGGCGCCGGGUGGCCCCGCGCGCGGCGCCCUUCCUGGCUUGGGUGGCCCUGGGCCGGAUCCGGCGGACCCUGCUGGCUGGGCGGACCUUCCUGGCGGAAACGUCCCCGGCGGCCGGGCGCGCCAUCUCCCUGGAGCUGGCCCAGGUGUGCGUGCAUCUGGCCGCCACCCGGGCCGACGAGGCCGAGGACGGUGCCAGCCUGCUGGACCUGCUGCUGUGUCUGCCCGAGUCGCCGGUGUCCUGGCCGACGGGGCCCUCUCCCGCGGACGCCCCGCUGCUGAUGUGGCUGGUUGAAGGGCUACUUGGGGGGCUGCUGUCCGAUGGGGCCUUUGCCGAGCACCCAGACCGGCCAGCGGUGGCGGCGCUGCAUGGACGCCUGGCCGCCCGGCUUGCCUAG